CUAACCAAAACUCUUACAUAAACCCAUCUUAUUAUUUGGUUCCAUUAACUAAAGAAUGUGGAGCGUGAAGCUUUUGGUGCUGUUUCUGGUUGCAAUGAUGGUGAGUUCUAGUUGCAUGACAACAAGGCCGACAAGAGCCGUGAUCGGCGGAACAUACGGCUGGCGAGAGCAACAGCGAUACCAUGUCGUCAGGAAAGAAAAUGAGGUUGAACGGCGGAACAUGGUCGAGGAUAGCUCGGACAAGAACAUAGACAAUCACCACAACAUUCCAAGACAAAGGUUUGGGAUGAUGACUUUAGGUAAACCGAAAGGGUCCCCUUUUUUACUUCCUUUUGACCUUUCUCCUACCUUGUCGGCAAGUUUUGAGUAAAAGGGUCGUGGGUGGUGAUGGUAAUGGUGGGCUAUUGUGUGAAGCUCGGUUGAGGAGGUAGGAAGUUACAAAUAUGGUGAACAGGGUUGUGAAGGGCGGAGAUGUUGAGUGGGCGAAAGAGAAUGUGGAAUUUGGUUUUUCUUCCGUAAAAGAAUCUACCUGUUGAAUUUAAGGUUUCGGCUAUUAAAAGGUGCAUGAGCUCCUCAUGGGAUUGCCAGCUGCUACAAUGAGCUGAAGGUACUGCUGCCAGGACCCGCGACCCUGCGACCUUGCAAUUAUCCUGGGCAGCUAACGAGCCAAGAAGAGUUUUGGACUUUUUUUUUGUAAUUUUAUAAAAUAGUAAAGUAUUCUCUUACUAAUGGGUCAAAGCCCAAAGCCUUUUUUGUCCAUCACCAUCCAAGCAAAUAAAAUUCGAUGUCUACACUAUAUAUAUCAAAACUAAAGUUGGCUUGGCUGUUAAGAGUUUGUCUAUGUUUAUUUUUGGCAAUUAGAAGGCGUAUUUUUUUUUA